AUGGCGAGUCGCUUGUCAACUGUCCUUCACGAGCUAAUCUCUAUUGAGCAGGGUGCCUUCCAGAAAGGAAAAGUAAUCUUUGAGAACAUAGGUGUGGCCUCAGAGUUAACUAAUAUGAUGUUCGCAAAAUGCAGAGGCGGUGGAAUGGGUAUGAAACUGGACAUCCAAAAGGCCUUCAACAUUCUUGACUUGAGUUAUCUCUUUGAUGUCCUCUGUGCCUUUGGUUUCUCUCCAAUAUGGGUUUCUUGGGUGCAUCAGAUCCUUCUUUCUACAAGGAUUUCUGUUUUGAUUAAUCGGUGUCCGGUUGGUUUCUUUGGUGUGGAAAGGGGCCUGAGACAAGGCGACCCACUUUCUCCUCUCAUGUUUAUUCUUUCAAAAGAAGUGCUUUGCAGAGGUCUCAGUGCUCUGCGUGAGAUGGGAUGGCUCAACGCUCUUCCUGGUCCUAGAUAG